AUGAACCAAGUUCCUUUAUUUGAAGACGCCGGGCACGGUUGUCGCCAAUUCUGGGACGCGAGAAACGCAUGGUUAUCCCCGUGCGCAUUAAACUAUAUUGCGAUCAUUCCCGCCAGUGCGGCUUUGCUCAUAUUAAUAUGUCACAUCUUUCAUCCACUGUUUCGACGAUGGAGCCCGAAAUGGAUGCGUCCUUUUAUUUCCGAAUGGGAUGAACGACCAGAUAUCGCUGCCGAGGGAGCAAAACGAUCCCUCCAGUGGACUAUUGCUCUUCUAACAUGUGGAGUUAUUGGAUUAUCCACGGAAGUUACACAAUCAUUUCCUUUGAGCGUUGAUGCUCCAUCGCUGGUACUUGCCGCAUCAUGGUUCGCCGGAUGUGCUUUGAUUAUAGCCAAACGUCCAAGAGCAUGCUCCAUCGCACUGUUGGGAUAUUUCACUCUCACUUUCAUCGUCGAGUCAAUUCUGGCAGUUCAAUCCGAUGCCCACUCCGGAUUUAAACUGAUCGCGCGCUACAUUUCUGCCACCGCGGCUUUUGCCGCCUGUUGCACAAUCUUGAUGAUGCCAUUCAGAAACCCAUCGCUGCCAGUGUCUGAUAUCAGUGCCGUGGGCCAAACGCCAUCAGAUGAGCUUCGAAGCCCGGAAGAUAAUCUUCGGCUAUGGCAAUUCCUGACUGUCUCGUGGAUGGCACCUCUCAUAUUCGUUGGAAGAGACCGACAGUUGAAUGAGCCCGAUGUCUGGCGUCUUGGCUUUGAAUUCCAACAUCGCCGCCUUCAUGACAAGUUUCGUCACAUGAAGGGAUCAGUUCUUGCUAGAGUGCUGAAGGCAAACAUCCUAGAUGUUUUCAUAAUAUCUUUCAUUUCCUUCCUGGAACUGUUUUGUUCAUUCUCAGAUCCGAUCUUGCUACAACAGCUGCUGCAGGCGAUGCAGAAUACAACAGGCCCCAAAAGAGUCCCAUUGACCUAUGCUUUUUUCUGGCUAGUUAUCCGAUUGGUUGCUGCACAGGCUCAAGUAUUGAGUCUUUGGUAUGGUCGCCGCAGCUAUGAAAGAUCUAGAGGUGAACUUAUUAUGAUGGUCUACGAAAAAGCGCUAUCAAGGAAGAACGUUGUCGGGUUGCAAAUCGAGACCAAGAAAGGCCCGAUCGGUGAAGAGAAUGCCAAUGGAAAUGGCACGUCGACACAAGAGACGGAGUCUUCGUCGGUUAAAGUCGGUUUUUGGAGACGCCUCAUUCCAGGGAGAGGCAAAAAGGAGCCCACAAAAGCAAAAGAGGCUGCUUCUAUGGGCAAGAUUCUUAAUCUUCUACGAGGAGAUGUAUAUGAAGUGGCACAACGAUUCUGGGAAAUUGAUGCCCUCAUCGAUGGCCCCGUUGGAUUAUUCAUCGCCGUGGGUCUUGUCUGGAAACUCUUUGGACCGUCCUGCUUUCUUGGUGUUCUAGCGGUCAUUGUUGGCCAAGUGACCAACGCAGUGAUUACCCGGUAUCUAUUCAAAUGGGAAAAGACCAGGCGGGCCGCAACAGAUUCACGCCUACAGAUUACAUCACAGUUUGUGGAGGCGAUUCGGCAUCUGCGUUGGUAUGGAUGGCACAAUCAUUGGCUCAAACAAGUCAUGGAUGCUCGGCAACAUGAAUUGAAUUUACGAGUAAUAACUAGCCUGUGGCAGCUUGUUAUCCGAUUUGUCAAUUCUUUCUCUAGUGGUGUGUUCCCAGUCAUCGCUUUAUAUGCCUACACAAUGCUUGCAGGACAUAGCUUGCGAAUUGAUAUAAUCUUCCCUGCACUGCAAAUUUUCAGUAUGUUAGAAGGGCGACUACGGGACCUGCCUAGCCUAAUCACAAGGUUGAUCAACGCCUAUAUUGCUCUCGGUAGAAUUGAGGACUUCAUGGCCGAGCCAGACAAGGCAAAUGUUCCAACUGAGACUCAAUUAGGUGACAUGAAAUUUGAAUUGCAAUCCUGCUCAUUUGCGUGGCCAGGAAAGUUGACACCGGUCCUUAGUGAUGUGAAUGUGACGAUCUCUCAAGGCCUCACCGUGGUCGUUGGGAAAGUAGGAGCUGGUAAGACUGCCUUUCUGCAAGCAUUAUUGGGCGAACUCGACACUCUGAGUGGCAAAUCUCAUACUCCAAAUGAGCAGAUGGGAUAUUGUGCACAGACGCCUUGGUUGCAAAGUAUGAGCAUCCGCGAUAAUAUCCUGUUCUCGGCUCCUUAUGAGGAGGCUCGCUAUAAGCAGACUUUGGAAGUCUGCGCUCUUCUUCCAGAUCUCUCAAACUUCAAACAUGGCGAUUUGACUUUUGUGGGAGAGAAUGGAAUUGGUCUCUCGGGAGGACAGAAGGCUCGUGUGGCCCUUGCUCGCGCAGUGUACAGUUCAUCUCGGGUGUUAGUACUUGAUGACCCACUAUCUGCGCUGGACCACAACACAGCCCAGUAUGUGGUGCGAAAGUGUUUGACAGGCCCCUUGAUGGUAAACCGUACUGUGAUUGUUGUGACACAUCGCACGGCUCUGGUUCAAGGAAUUGCAGAUCAAAUCAUUGAAAUAAACGAAGGCCACGUCACUGUUCUUGACAAAGAGACCAUCUCUAGUUCAAUUGAAGAGACUGGUCAUCUGGCAGGCAUCUUCAACCGGGAUUCUGAGGCCGGAGCGGAGGAGACAAAUCUCGAGGACCAUGCAAACGCGGUGCCAGACAAGUUCAUUGAAGAGGAACACCGCGCGGAAUGGGGUGUCAAAGCUCGCGUCUACUGGACUUAUAUCAAGGCUGGAAAGUAUCGCUGGUGGUUGACUCUUGUGUUUGUGAUAACCGUCUAUCGACUUACGUCUGUGGGUGAAACAUGGUUUCUGAAGGGAUGGGGUGAAGCUUAUAAUCGUACCUCGUCGACGUUUGGUGGUCCUUCAGUUUGGAACCAAGCUCCAUUUGGGGACUCCAUUUUAAUAUCUGCAUCUAGCAUUGACGCCUACGUGCUUCCUCAGGACCCACUGGAUAGACUACCUGAUCCCCGGGACGAUAUUCAUCCAUGGCUGUGGUUAUUCUUUGCUAUUGCUUCCUUCCAGGCAGUCGCAAUGCUCAUCUCCCAAUUAUUGAUGCUAGCGAUUAUCUACUAUGCUGGCAAGAGACUUUUCCGGCAGGUCAUCUCACGGGUUAGCCACGCGAACUUUCGAUUCUUCGAUGUCACCCCGGUCGGGCGACUGAUGAACCGUCUCACUUCAGACAUUGGAGUAGUAGAUGGCAAUAUCAGUGAACAGUUUCAAGGCAUUGCCUUCGUAGCCAUCACCUGGGUGUCUUCGAUAAUGGUCAUCGCAAGCGCUACCCCAUUGUUUCUUGUCUUCUCCUUGGCCCUCACUCUCACGUUUGUACUCAUUUUCCUGCGGUUCCUACCGACGUCACAAAGUCUUAGACGACUCGAGAUGGUAUCCCUGUCGCCACUCAUGUCCAACUUUGGAGAACUUCUUCAUGGAUUGACCACAGUUCGCGCUUUCCGCGCUCAAGAAAGAUUCCAGACUCGUGUCAUAUCCGUUGUUGAUAAAUUCCAAGGAAUGGAUCACUUCUACUGGUCUCUCCAGGCUUGGCUUAUGAGUCGAUUCGAAUGCCUAUCCGCCGCUGCGACGUUCUGCCUUACGGCCAUAGCAUUAUACACAGAUACCACCCCUGGACUGAUGGCAUUUGUACUGCUUGCAGCGAACAAUUUUGUGAACUCCACUCACAGUCUAUGCAGACAAUAUGGCCAGUUGCAGAUGGACUUCGUCUCAGUCGAACGUGUUGAUGAGCUACUCCACAUCGAAGAAGAGCCGCCAGGAACGGUAGACCCACCGGCAGCAUGGCCUAUCUAUGGUAGCGAUAUCACUUUUGAGAACGUCACCAUCCGGUAUGCACCACACCUCGAUCCUGCUCUUUCCGAUGUCUCCCUCCGAAUCCCUGGUGGAUCCACUGCAGCCAUUGUGGGCCGCACUGGUAGCGGCAAAUCCACGUUGGCAGUCUCCCUGCUCAGCGUAAUUAGACCAGAGACUGGCUGUGUAACGAUAGACGGAAUCAACAUCGCAAACGUCAACACCCAAGCACUCCGAACCAGGGUCACCUUUGUUGCACAGGAUCCAGUGCUAUUCCCUGGCAGUGUUCGUCUGAACCUUGAUCCCACCGAAGAGUUUUCAGAUGAACAGUGCUCUGAGGUUUUGGAGCGCCUUUGUGGUCGUCAUGGAUGGAAGCUUGAUACCCAUAUCGAGGCUGGUGGUCGGAAUCUGAGUCAGGGUCAGCGACAACUGAUUGCGCUCACCCGUGCUGUGCUCCGACGGAGCCCGAUUGUCAUCCUGGAUGAGGCUACAGCAUCUAUCGAUCAUGAAACAUCACUUGAAAUGCAGCAGAUCGUGCGUGAAGAGCUUCGAUUAUCUACUGUAAUCACGAUUGCCCACCGGAUCGAAGCUGUGAAAGAUGCGGACUAUUUUGUCGUGCUGGAGCAGGGACGUGUCACUCGACAAGGUCAUGUCAGUGACUUGUGA